AUGGAGCUGCAUCAGAUAGUCUCGUAUAUAGCUAUUCUUACAAUUACACAGUUUGAUGCUGGUAUUUGCGAUAGGAAAAAUACCGUGAUUCAAGUGAAAAUUCCGCAAAAGACUGACGUCACCGUUAAAUAUCCGCCUUCACUGCCCGGUCCAGUACAAUAUGUCCCGUUUCCAUAUCUUAACAACAAACGAGGGGGGCCAUGUUACAAUUGCCGAAAUUCUAGAUGUUUCAAGUGCAAUUCAAACCAAGCCAGGCCACCGACGGUUCCUGCCGGAUCGAGGACAAACAUCAUCAUAGAUGUUCAGGGCUCGAGGUCAAAUCCAAGUCUUCAACCAAAUAAUAUACCGGAUAAUAACAAAAAGGGUACUUUAGUCGUUAUUCAAGGAUCGUCCGCGGCUUCGAGCACUGCUAAUGCAUCUGGAAAUGGAGCUGGUACUAAUUCUGUUGCUGCGUCCUCAUCAUCGGCUUCAGACAAUCAACUUAUUGCCGAUUUUAAAGAAGAAGACACCGCACCGGAUGGCUCAACAAAGAAAGAAGAAGAUAUAUUAGUGGCAGACAAUGCGCAGGCAAAGACCAGCGCGGCAGCGGCAUCGUCUACGAACAAUCCUGGCCAAUCGAAAGCAAAUACCCAAACAAAUGCUAAUACUAAUAAUCCACCAAAAGAUAAUAAAGCUGCACCUAAGUCACCUUCACCUAAGACACCUGCUAAAAAUCAAGCACCAAGUAACAACAAUUCUGCAAAAGAUAAUUCGCCAGAUAAUAGUAGUUCACCCGACAAUAACAACACACCAAAUGACGACGAGAACACAGCGAAUGACGACGACAAUACAGCGAAUGACGAUGAUAAUACACCAAAUGACGACGACAAUACACCAAAUGAUGAAGACAACACACCGAACGACAGUGAUUCACCAAACCCAAAUGGGGAUAAUGGUUCAAGUAAUAAUCCAGACAGUAAUAAUGAUUCACCAAAUGCUGGAGCACCACCAAAUACAUCUGAUGGGCCAUCACCUACGGACGAUUCCUCCGGUGAUAAUCCUUCAUCACCAAAGAAAGGACAAGAUGACGAUUCAAACGACACUGCAAAUGAUCCAUAG